CGCAGUCCGGGGCGGCCGCCUGGGUCCUGUCUCCUCCAGGCUGCGGGUGCGCACUGGGCAUGCGCGGUCCGGGGUGGCCACCUGGCCACUGAGCCCCCAUCCCUCGCCCCCGCCCAUCUGCAGUCAUUAAAGCAAAGCUGAGGCUCGGCUGCAGAGGCCGAGCUGCCUCCCUCACGGGGCCCAGCCAGAUGCUGCAGAACAAAGGUGGAAGGAAUGAAGCACAUCAACCUUUCCUUCGCUGCGUGCGGAUUCCUGGGCAUUUACCAGUUGGGGGCAGCCUCGGCCUUCUGCAAACACGGCCAGAAGCUGCUGAGGGACGUCAAGGCAUUUGCGGGGGCUUCCGCCGGGUCCUUGGUGGCUUCGGUCCUGCUCACAGCACCAGAGAAAAUAGAGGAAUGCAUCCAGUUCACCCACGAGUUCGCUGAGGACCUACGAAGGCAGUCCUUCGGGGCCGUGACGCCCGGCUACGAUUUCAUGGCCCGACUGAGACAAGGACUGGAGUCGAUCCUGCCCCCCAACGCCCACCAGCUGGCCCACGGCCGCCUGCACGUGUCCAUCACCAGCACCCGGAUGGGGAGGAACUCACUGGUCUCCAGCUACUCCUCCAGGGAGGACCUCAUCCAGGUCCUCCUGGCCAGCAGCUUCCUGCCCCUCUACGCAGGCCUGAAGCCGGUGGUGUACAAAGGACAGACGUGGGUGGACGGCGGGUUUUCCAACAGCCUCCCCAUCCUUCCCGGGGGCCGGACGGUCGCCAUCUCCCCCUUCUACAGCCGCCUGGACAUCUCCCCGCGGGACAAGGGGCAGCUGGGCGUCUACGUCACCAUCGCCAAACAGGACAUCCUGCUGUCCGUGGCCAACUUGGUGCGGCUCAACCAGGCCCUGUUCCCGCCCAGCAGGCGGGAAAUGGAAUCCCUGUACCACGGCGGCUUCCGGGACGCCGUCCGGUUUUUGCUCAAGGAGAACUGGUUCGAGUAGAGGGCCCCCAGGCACGUCCCGCGUCUGGUGGGGUCGGCGAUGAGAUUUCCGUAAGCCGUCAGAAUUCUGUCACAGUUACCGGACUUGGUCACAGUUUUCGUCAUUUUGAAAAGUUAAAUGUUCACUGGCUGCAAAGAAAGGCGAGGCAUUUCAUGAGAAGGUGGCGACGUUGUUAAGGGCACAACCCGGGAUGCACUUAAUGCAGAUGAACUCCUGCAAAACACGGAGACCCAAGCCAACCUCGAAGCCUUGGGAAUGAGAGGUGAAUCCCGCUCAUUCGGCCAGCGUGGCUCAGCGGCUGAGCUCUGACCUUGGAACCAGGGGGUCAGGGUUCGAUUCCCGAUCAGGGCACAUGCCCGGG